CAUUUAAUGAAUUGGUUUUGAAAUUUUUCUUAGGUCGAGAGAUGUAAGAUAUAUAUAUACAUAGGUAAUAGGUUCCGUUCACCAUAUUAAGAGGGUCCUUCAUUCUCUGUAUUAUCUCCAUGGAAUCGGCACAAAACGGAAGCAACCCAAAUUGGGAAGAUUGAGGAACACAUACGGUAAAAGCACAUGGAAAGCGGUCGUCUCUUGUCCAAGAAUCACUGGCUCACGUGCAUUGUUUUCUGCUUUUUGGGCUAGGUUCUGGGCAUUUACUUCUCGGUUUAUUGGGAAUAAACGCAAGGCAUAUAGAAAGGCAUAUAUAUUUUCUUUUCACACAGGCAGGUCAGUGGCUGGUUCUUGUUGGUUGGACUCAACUUCAGAGCUUAGAUGGGAAUUCAGCUUUGUCAUGAAACACUUAUGCAUAGACUGGUCUGUGGAGGCAGUGGGUCAGAUUCGUCUUAAUCAAAGCAAAGAUAAUUGUGCCAUUCAUUUAAAAAUGAAUGUGAUUUGGCUUCUGUCAUUGUUGUUUCUCUGUUUUGGAGUAUUGUCAAAUGGGUCUCAAAAGAAUCUUUCUUCAAGACCAGCUGUUGUGAAUGUUGGGGCGGUUUUUACAUUUGAAUCUACAAUUGGAAGAGUUGCCAAGAUUGCCAUUGAGGAAGCUGUGAAAGAUGUGAACUCGGAUGCUGGUGUUCUCACUGGAACCAAAUUUGUUUUGACGAUGCGAAAUUCCAAUUGCAGUGGGUUUAUUGGCAUGAUUGGAGCUUUGCAGUUUAUGGAGACUGAAACCAUUGCGAUUAUAGGGCCACAAUCUUCUGUGGUAGCCCAUAUGAUAUCCCAUGUUGCAAAUGAACUCCAAGUUCCUCUGUUAUCAUUUGCAGCCACAGAUCCCACUCUCUCGUCUCUUCAGUUUCCCUUUUUUGUUAGGACAACACAGAGUGAUUUGUACCAAAUGAAGGCAAUAACUGAGCUUGUUGAUUAUUAUGGUUGGAGGUCGGUAAUUGCAAUCUUCAUUGAUGAUGAUUAUGGAAGGAAUGGUGUGUCAGCAUUAGACGAUGCACUUGCGGAGAAGCGCCUUAAAAUAUCCCACAAGGAAGGGAUUCCCCCGGGAGCUAGUGCUAGUCAAGGUGACAUUAUGGAUAUUCUUGUUAAGGUUUCAGUGUUGGAGUCUCGAAUUAUUGUUCUGCAUGUAAAUCCUGAUAUAGGUUUCAAAGUUUUUUCCGUGGCACGCUAUCUUGGAAUGAUGCAGAAUGGAUAUGUUUGGAUAGCUACAGAUUGGCUCUCAUCUGUUUUAGAUACCUCGUCCCCCCUUGCAUCUGAUACCAUGGAUUCAAUGCAGGGAGUUCUUGUUUUGCGUCGACAUACACCAGAUUCAGAUAGAAAGAGGGCCUUUUUAUCUAGGUGGAAGAAGUUAACUGGUGGUUCUUUGGGGCUAAAUUCUUAUGGGCUUUAUGCCUAUGAUACUGUUUGGCUGCUUGCUCAUGCUCUUGAUGCAUUUUUUAAUCAGGGUGGGACUAUUUCAUUUUCUAAUGAUUCCAAGCUACUUUCUAUAGGAAGGGGUAGUCUUCAGCUAGAAGAAAUGAAUGUUUUUGAUGGAGGAAUGCUCCUUCUUAACAAUAUAUUGAAGAGUAAUUUUGUGGGUUUAACGGGUCCCUUUAAGUUUACUUCAGACAGGUCCCUCUAUGCUCCUGCAUUUGAUAUUAUAAAUGUGAUUGGAACUGGGUAUAGACAGAUUGGUUAUUGGUCUAACUAUUCUGGUCUUUCAACUGAAACUCCUGAGGCACUCUACAGAAAGCCACCCAAUCGUUCAAGUGUAAACCAACGGCUAUAUGGUGUUGUCUGGCCUGGAGAGACAUUGUCAAAGCCUCGUGGAUGGGUUUUCCCAAACAAUGGGAAGCUAUUGAAAAUUGGGGUACCCAAUCGGGUCAGUUACCGGGAAUUUGUAUCACGAGUGCGAGGCACUGAUAUGUUCAAGGGCUUUUGCAUAGAUGUGUUUACAGCUGCUGUAACCUUGUUGCCAUAUGCCGUUCCAUUUCAAUAUGUUUCUGUUGGAGAUGGCCAUAAAAACCCGAAUUACUCGAAGCUUGUGCAUAUGGUUGCAGAGGGUGAGCUUGAUGCUGUGGUUGGCGACAUUGCCAUUGUCACUAGUCGGACAAGGAUUGUGGAUUUUACACAGCCAUAUGCUUCAUCUGGACUUGUUGUUGUGGCCCCAUUUAGGAAGUUGAACUCUGGCGCUUGGGCUUUCCUGCGCCCAUUUUCUCCACUUAUGUGGGGUGUUACUGCUUGUUUCUUCAUUGUUAUUGGGAUAGUUGUGUGGAUUCUGGAGCAUAGGAUAAAUGAUGAAUUCAGGGGACCACCUAAACACCAAAUCAUAACCAUUCUAUGGUUUAGCUUUUCAACUAUGUUUUUUGCCCAUAGGGAGAGCACUGUGAGUGCUCUUGGUCGUCUGGUGCUAAUUAUAUGGCUUUUUGUAGUUUUGAUAAUCAACUCAAGCUACACUGCAAGUCUAACCUCAAUACUCACAGUGCAACAGCUAUCUUCUCCUAUUAAAGGAAUUGAAAGCUUGAUAAACAGUAAUGAUCCAAUUGGAUACCAGGUGGGUUCUUUUGCAGAACAUUAUUUGAGUGAGGAACUCAACAUAUCAGAAUCUAGACUUGUUGCCCUUGGAUCACCAGAAGAAUAUGCCAAAGCCCUUCAAAAUGGUCCGGGAAAAGGAGGUGUUGCUGCAGUGGUUGAUGAACGACCAUAUGUGGAGCUCUUUCUCUCAACCCAAUGCAAGUUCAGGAUUGUAGGUCAAGAGUUCACUAAAAGCGGUUGGGGUUUUGUGUUUCCACGAGACUCUCCCUUAGCCGUUGACAUGUCGACUGCAAUUCUAGCACUAUCCGAGAAUGGGGAUCUCCAGCGAAUCCAUGACAAGUGGCUGGCAACAAGCGCUUGCAGUUCAGAGAGUACUGAGAUUGAAUCUGACCGACUUCACCUUAAGAGCUUCUGGGGCCUCUUUCUUAUAUGUGGGUUAGCUUGCUUUGUUGCUCUUGUCAUAUACUUCUUUCAGAUUCUGCGCAAGUUUCGCAAUGCUGCAGCCGUGGGAGCCAAUUCAACUGGUACGGGUAGCUCACGUUCAGGGCAUCUCCAGACACUUUUCUCGUUAAUGGAUGAUAGGUCAGGCCACACAAAGACUGGGCAUAAGAAGAGAAUAGAGAGAUCAUUAUCAGAAAAUGAUAAAGAAGAUGAGUUGAAGAGUAACCCAAAGAAGAAGCCAAUACGAAAUUCCUUAGAGAUCACCACCAGCACAAGUGAGUAAAUUCAUUUUAUCACGUCACAUUUGAGUCAUCAUCUAUAUCCCAUGUUGUAGAUCACUCAACUGUCUGUUUAUGUAUUAUUGAGGCCAUUUGCUGUUAUACCAAUAUCUGCUGGAAGCAUUUUUCAUUAGAGGGCAAUAGCUGUUGUAUGCAUAUCAAGGAAUUUUGAUCAUGGCUAUGUAAACAACAAUAUUGAAGUAUAUAAUACUGAUUUUGCUGCCAUUCUAA